UAGUGAGUCACUCAUCAUAUCAAAAGCAAAGAUACUGGAUAUGGUGGUUUGCCUGAACAAAAUGUUCGGGCCGCGGCAAAAGACGGUGGAAUUUAUCUAAAUAACACUCUUGUUGCAUGCAACAUGAGUAGUUUAGCAGAAUCGUGAGUUAAGUGGUGACAAUAUAGUUACCAUGGAUAUAGUUUCAAUGGCACUUACAAGUGUACAACAGAAUUCUGAAUUGUUAGGCCUAGCCACUGUAGCGCAGCAAGACAACGAUGUGCAAACAGUGGAAGGCGGCCUUAGUAGCGGUGUCCAAGCGCUUUCCGAUCAUGCUUCGGUGGACACCUCAGUAGGCCUAGGCCUGGGCUCCAACACAUGCCCAACGACUAUGAUUGGUAAUUCUGUUGUUACUCCGAGUAUCUCAGAAAAUGGGACUCCAAUCCUCUUGGUUAUGCGUCAGGAAGAGCUAAUACGACCACCACCAACUGAAACAUCAGCGUUGUUAUUGUCAAAGUUGCCAACAACAGCAGAGAAACAGUCAUUUGUUGGUACCCAAACACUUCAGAAUGGUGAGGAUAGCUUUUCAAAGGUUGUUGAAAAAACAGGCACAGAAACAUCAACAGCAACAAGACCUGCAACAAUUUCAACAAGCAGUAACCUUAUGAAUUCUAUACCAGUGGAAUUAUCGUCAUCAACCAGUGCAGCAAGCAGUAUUCUGGGAUCCAUCGCAAGUAUGAUUGAUCAAAAUGCUGCGAACGUAACAAACACAAGUAUUGUUUCAACAGACAUGACCAGUUACAGCACUCUGACAAAUACUACUACCAGCAGUACGAAUAAUGCUGACAGAGUUGCACUACCUAGGGCACUACAUAGUACUUUUCACCAGAGUCAGGCACCCUUGACAGUGCCACAAACAAUUGCCAAAGAACCACGGUUACCAUUAACUGUACCGCUUCAAACAAAAUCCGCAGCGACCAUUACGAUCAAGACACCUCUGGGGACUUCGCUUACAGGACCAAAUGGCUCAAUGAGUGGACCUCUUUUGCAGACUAUCCUGAACAAUGCAGAAGUUCAGGCUUUGAUGAAACGAAACCCUGGACAACAGAUCACAAUUGUUCAGAUUCCUGAUGAAUCAUUAGGAAACACUAACUGUGCAUCAAACUCAAUUGUUAAAUCUGCAGCCACAGAAACAAAGAAAAUCAUCCCAGGAACUAAGAUCAAUCAUUCGAGUGUGGGUCGGAAACGAAAAAAGUUAGAGGAGUCUGAAGAGAAAGCAAAGCCGCAGAAAAUUACAAGGCCUGUGAAGAAGAUAACAAGGUCUGGCCGAAUAUCACGACCACCUCUCUACCGCAUCAGAGACUACAAAACCAUCCAUCCGACAGAGGAAGUCGAAAGUGGUUCUUCUGAAGAGGAUUAUAAAGAUUAUUCUAUUGAUGAAAAGGAUAGGGAUGCCUCUAUUUUUUCUGAUAAACCAAAAAACUUCAAAUGCACAAAUUGUGAUAAGUCAUACAUUGGACAGGCAAGUUUGGACCGACAUUUUCGGCAAAAUCCCACACAUGGUACACCAGUAGGACCGUCACCUGAAAAAAAACUACCAGAAAAUACACAAAGCAUGACGGUAGAUUCUGACGAGGUAGUGAAGCCAGCGGAGCAGAUUUCAACAGAAGCUGGAGAUAUAAACUCUAGUGAAACUACAACUUCUCCAGCACCAAGAUUGCAAUAUCCUUCAACAAGGGGCCGAGGAAGGGGUAUGAGGAGACGUAGAGGCCGGGGGAGGCCGCCAAUAUACAGUAACCAUGCUGACAAACCUUACAGCUUGGCAUCAUCUUCAGUUUGGAUCAACACAGAAAAAGUCCCUCUGGACAAGAGGAAACAAAAGGCUAAAGAGUUAAUGAAGACAUUUGAGGAUGAAGAUUUCCUUGAUGUUAUCCUUCCUCGAAUGACUCGCAUACUUUCACCCUUUGAGUUUCUGCUGAUGAAGGCAGAAGGUGAAGAAUCUAGAAGCCUGAACUUUAUAGCCAUCUACAAUGAGUAUCUGUCCCUUGUGCAAGAAGUGAAGAAGGUUGCCCAGGGAUGUCUGGCACAUAUUCCUGAGAUGGAAAAAUCUGACGGUGGCAGUUUUCCACCGGUGAAGAGGUUGAAUGUAGAGGAUGCAGCUGUGGCAGACUCUUUGGGACUCAGCACAGGUUGGUAUGAGGUGAAAGAUACAUUUAUGCCCGUGAAUUCAGGCAAUCAUAAUGUCACACGGAAAGAACCAGAAAAACUGAUGAAACCCGUAGAACCAGUGGAACCAGAGAGACAGCCAGCAAAGAAGGCAAAGGUGGAUGAAAAUAAAAAUGGAUUAGGAGCAAUUCCACCAAAGGCUAAAACAAAGAUCAUGCCUAGCCUAACACCCCUUCGUAACAGACCACUGAAUUUGAAAUCAGUAGUGACCCCGGGACCAAUUGUGGAGCACCCAAUUCCACCUGGACGUCCUCUACCAGAGUUAAAACCUCUGGCAAAGGAAGUUUCCUCAGAGUCGAUGAAAUCAACUUCGCUGGCUGUUUCGCAAGUAAGUCUCCAACCCACUAUAAGCUCAUCUACUGCAAUAUUAUCUGAGAGUUUCACAUCAAGCCCAGAGCUUAUGGAAACUAUUUCAACUGGAGAGGAGAAUGCAGAUUCCUCUGAGCUGCCAAUGGCUGUUGAAGAUGAUGUCCCACUUUUACAAAGUGUGGAUGGGGAUGUCAGUGGUUUGCAACAGCUUGUUACUGCAGAUGGCAUACAAGAUGUCCUUCCUGAAGUUGAUGAUACAUCUCCGAUUGACAUUAUGCCAGUAGGGAGCACCCUCAUGCAGCUGCAGGAUGGCACAUUUCUUGUACAAAAACCUGAUGGUACAACAAUCCAGAUCCAAGCACCAGAAGGAAUGACUAUUGAAACGAUCCAAGAGUUGCUAUCGGUUGAUGGUACAAUGCACCCCGCUGAUGCUCCAGAGAUGGCAUUGGCAGAGAAUGAAGAUGUUGUAAUGGUUCCUGGAUUGGAUGUGAACUCAGCUGAUCUAAGUAAUGAAGUAGCUGCAACAUGAUGUGGUACUGGAUCAUUUCCAACCAAGUGCCUUGCUUCCUCAAAGAGUUGUCCAAACAGUUGACAUCAGAUUUUUUUAAAGUAUGGAGUGUCAUUGGGAGGUCUAUGAGCAUGGUGGUCAAGGCUUAACUGCCAAAGGCUUCUGCAAUUCUGCAGAAUAUUAAUAGGAUAUAUAACAGAAUGAAUACAGGGUCACUUAAAAAAUGAUCAUGUGAUUGCAUUGGGCUGUUUGGACCAAUAUCAAAAUAUAUUCAAAAGCCAUGAGUUCAGAUCUACUUCAACUUGUAUUGAUCUCCUAGUAUAAAUUCCCAGCCCAAUAAUUCUCACUAUCAUGGAUGAAAAGAAUCGGUGGGAUGCUGGUGGCGCUGCAACUAUUAAAGAUUUAUGAGUAUUGUUUUUUACCUAUUUAAAAACAAUAGAGCUUUAUUCACUCAUUGUAAACACAAUUUUCAAUACAAAUUUAAGUCAUAGAUUAAAAAAUAUACUGCCAAACAAAAAAAAAAUCAAUAAAACACCUCAAAACUUCAAAUAAAACUUAAUUUCUCAUGUAAAAUAAUAAUCAUAGUGUACAUUUGUAUCGCAUUGGUAUCUAUCAAGCUCAUGGUGCUUGAUGUGUGGACUUCUGACUCGAUCAGUGUCUGUGCAUGGAAGAAUUAGCUUAGAGGUCUGUGCUGACUGGUAGUCUGGCACCAGCACCUCCUGUAAUCCACUAGGGGCUGUCUGGACCAGUACGUGGGGUAUCCUGUACUUGCCACGACUAAUGUACUGUACUGGGUUUCUUUAAGUUUGUAUAAUACAUACUCCAAGUAUCAAAAUGCACGCCAUCGUAUCAGGAUUCAAUAUUUCAACAUUAAUUAUGUCAUCAUCAGGAAUCAGGGUUUCUUUAAAGUGCACACAAGCCAACAGUGGGCCCACGGUUUAGAGGUUCUAACUGAGGAGAAUUGUUUUAAUGAUUUGUAGACAUUUUGUGUACAGGACUUCUAAUAGUACAUACCACCAGCUUAAAUAACAUUAUAUUAAAAAAAAUAUAUAGCAACUGUAUUAUAUUUAUUCUCUACUUUUCAGUUUAAACUUACUGUAACUUUAAACUAAUCGAUUCAUCUGGGUUUUUUUGUUUUUUUUUUUGUAUUUGAGCUCCUCUUCACCCAGUUUAGAACCAAGCCUUCUCAGAUAAGGACUCAGAAUGGAGCUUCACUUUAUACAUUUGGCUUAUGUGAAGAGUGGGGGUUACCGCGAUGAUGGUUCAUUGCAGCUUCUGUCGUUGUGGAGUGAUGUGAACAUGUAACUACUCCAAGUACCUUUUUACAGUGGAUAGGUAGUCACAGACCACGCCCAUAUGACAGACCACGCCCAUAUGUCAGGUCUCGCCACAAUGAGUCUCAUGCUUAGAAAAUAAAAAAUUGAGUUUAUAUAUUGCAUUUGAAUAGAUCACAUUAUAAGCUUUAAUUUGGUCUUUCAAUGGUUUCCCUAGGAUAAGUAGAUCCAGAGAUGUGAGCUUUUCAAGUUUAGGUGUAUGAGAACCACAUUUUGAGAAAAUCGGCCUCAAAGAUAAACUAAACUGAACAAAUAAUAUGACUAGAAUUGCAGAAUAUGUGCAGGAAACACUGUUUUAGAAAGAAAAUUCACUUAAAAAA